UAAGAGCGCACGGAUCCUGAUGUGUCUCUUCCUGGCGUCUAUAGGCCUAUUUAAUGGUUGCUGUAGUCGGAAGAGGGCGGAGUGCGUUUGUUAUCCAAAUGAGAAGCUCCCUGACUUGGUCCCUCCUGAAAAAAUAUAUAAAUAUAAUAACAACCUCCCCUCUUACCCCUCCCUUCCUCCUUGUUUCGAUUAAGUCUAUGUAACCAACACGCAGAAGGAGAACGUCCGCCGCACAGAAAAGCCAAGACAGUCUUGUCAGUGUGGAGUAUAAGAGAGGAGGGGGGAAACAGCUGCAAGCAGAUCCUCAACAUCAACAAGCUGCAUGAAGCAUCUGUAAGGAAGAAGACGGGAUAUUGGCGAGGCCAGCGACAGAGGAUUUACCUUGGAGGUUUUAAGAACAAAGGUGUGAAGCUUUAAAAAUAUCUCACAAGUAAGGAAGCGAUGGUUUAGCGGAGCAAUUUGGUAGAUUUUUUUUUAAAUCACGCCCGACGACGCUGUAAUUCCGAGCAGCAAUCCCCCCCCAAACAUCUGUGGACGCUCUCUGUGGGGAGAUGGCUGUUUUCCGGCUGUCUUUGCUGCUGCAGGUGGGAUUUGUGAUCGGAUCAAACCAUAAAUACGCGGACUGGUCAGCUCAUGGGGAAGAUAUCAGACCACAGGAGACGAUGCACGGCGCUCAGACGCACCGUCGGCAGCUGGCGCAUCUCCGUGCGUCUCUUCUUGUUCCCGGGGAGGCGGCGGGGCUGCAGAAAAUAGAGGAGCAUGUCCCGAGGGUGGUCACGGCUUUUUUACACACGGGGAACUCGACCACCUUAAAGCAUGCCAACUGCUCACGCAAGUACGAGCUCACCUCUCUGCGGGGAAGGUCACACGCAACCCCGCAUUACUCCAUGAGCAGCGUGCUGGAUACGGUGCUGCACGCCACAAACUUCCUCAACAUGAUCUUGCAAGCCAACAGGUCCAGACAGCACAAUCUGCGGCGCGACAUUGAGUGGUACCAUGCUUUAGUGAGGAGUAUAUUGGAGGGAAACAACAAGAUUCACCGGGCGGUUGUCACUUUUGGCGGAGAUUCAUCCUUCGUGGGGCCCUUGGUGCUUCUUCAAGCCACCAGGGCCGAUGGGGAGAUAGUGCUCCAAGACCUCUCCAGCAUGGCGCACCGCCAUCUGCACAACCGCACCGCAGACACAGAGUGGUACCACGACAUGAAAGACAAGGAGAACCCCCGUUUCCAUAAAAGGGUCGUGAGCCAAGAAUUUAAGUCUCAUGACAAUUCUUUAAGAAGAGAAGAGAGUUUUAUCCCGGACAGAACGCAUGUCAAAUGGUCUGCCCCUUACUUGGAGUGUGAAAAUGGGAAUUUUGUUCCCCGGUGGCUUCUGACUUUAUCAGCUGCUUUUUAUGGCUUAAAGUCCAACCUGGUGCCUGAAUUCAGGGGUGUGGUGAGGGUGGACGUCAAUCUACAGGAUGUUGAUAUCGACCAGUGCGCCACUGACGGCUGGUUCGCUGGAACUCAUCGAUGCAACCUGACCACUAUGGAGUGUUUGCCGCUCCCUGGUCAUGGAUUUGUUUUGGACAAGUACAAGUGUGACUGCAAGAAAGGGUUCUACCAUCCCAACAGACUAGCUGUCAAUGGCUUCACAAAGAUGGACAGAAAGGGAAAAACUGUAGAGAGCGGUCCCAAUGCAGACGAGGGGUCUUCCAGCAACUGCCUGCCAUGCCAGCAGGGCUGUGCCUACUGUAAGGACGACACCCCCUGUGUGGCACAUGAGGAUGGAGCUCUGCGCUUGGCUGUGCUCUCUUUCCAGUGCCUCUGCAUGCUGAUCGUCUUCAUUAGCAUGGUGCUAAUUUACCACUUUCGAAGGAAUAAGAGUAUCAGAGCAUCAGGUCUCAUCCUGCUGGAAGCCAUCCUCUGCGGAGCCUUGCUUCUUUACUUUCCGGUUGGGAUUCUCUAUUUCCAGCCGAGUGUUUUCCGUUGCAUCCUGCUGCGUUGGGUUCGACUGCUGGGCUUUGCUACAGUCUAUGGGACACUAACUCUUAAGUUGUACAGGGUGCUGAAGGUGUUCCUGUCCCGUACAGCCCAGAGGAUCCCCUACAUGACCAGCUGGCGAGUGUUGCGUCUGCUGGGCAUCAUCCUGCUCAUCGUCUGCUGGUUCCUGGUGGCUUGGACAUCUGCUGUCUGUCAGAAUCCAGACAGGAAAUUGGCUCUAAUCGACGUGGGCUACACGCCCGAUGGGCUUCAGUUCAGCAUGUGCCUCCUGGAUCGCUGGGACUACAUGAUGGCUGUCGCUGAGUUCCUCUUCCUGCUGUGGGCGGUGUACCUUUGUUACGCUGUGAGAACUGUGCCAUCGGCCUUCCACGAGCCCCGCUACACGGCCAUCGCCAUUCACAAUGAGCUUGUUCUGUCAGCUAUCUUCCAUGUGAUCAGGUUCACCCUUGCUCCUGAGCUCCAUCCAGAUUGGAUGCUGCUACUGUUCUUUACUCAUACCCACCUAACAGUAACAGUGACACUGGGCCUACUGCUUAUUCCAAAGUUCCUGUUUGCUGGAACCCACAUGAGAGAUGAUAUAGCCUCAGAGGCCUAUGAGGAUGAGCUGGACAUGGGUCGCUCUGGGUCAUACCUUAACAGCAGCAUUACAUCAGCAUGGAGCGAGCACAGUCUGGACCCUGAGGACAUUCGGGAGGAGCUGAAGAAAUUGUACUCCCAGCUGGAGAUUUACAAGAGGAAGAAGAUGCUAGCGAACAACCCCCAUCUGCAGAAAAAGCGGAGCUCUAAGAAAGGGCUGGGUCGCUCGCUGAUGAGGCGAAUCACAGAAAUCCCUGAAUCAGUCCAUCGGCAGUGCAGCCGAGACGACAAAGAAAUGGGGGAACAUGGCAGCAAUCGUAACAGCAUCUGCAUGUUGAAAAAGAACCCCUUAGAAACAUCUCAUCCAAUGAAACCCCCAAAAGAGGAGACACUGAAGAACAAGGUUUUUUCAUUGAAGAAGUCCCACAGCAGCUACGACCAUGUCCGUGACCAGAUUGAAGACUCCAACAGCUCGGUGCCAGAAAAGAUGGAGGUGGCUAAUGCUGAAGGGUCUCUUCUGGAUACACUCAUGGGCAAAAAACUGGUCAAGAAGAAGUCCAGUGAGAAUGUAAAUGCUCCCAGUGAGUCGACAGAGUCAGUUCCUUUAGUCUGCAAGUCAGCCAGUGCUCAUAACCUCACUGCUGACAAAAAACCAAUUCAUCCUAGAGCCUCAAUGCUGCAGAAGUCCCUCAGUGUCAUUGCCAGUGCCAAAGAGAAAACUUUGGGGUUGACUGGAAAGACCCAGAGUGCAGAGGACAGCAAUAAGAAGAGUCAGCCAAAGAGCAAAGACACAAAGACCAAUGCAGAGCCAGAAAAUGAGUGCCAGCCCAAGAUGAUUAUCAGCCAGUCUGUUGAGUACAAACAAAGUGCUGUAAAAGGUAGGAUCAUGAAACAGCCCGUGAGUGGCAGCCACCCUACAAUCUGUUCUGAUCCAGUCACAGGAAAGGACCUCUAUGAUCUUUCAGAAGUAUGUCCUUGGGAGGUGGAAGACCUCCCAACUCCAUCUGAGAACAAGGUCCAAAAGCAUGUAUCAAUAGCACCAAAGGAAACUACAACAAUUCAUGGAGGCAGCACCAAAGGAAGUAAAUCCCAAAAGCAGAAAGCUGCUGAUCAGUCUCCGUCGAGUGGUAGGCACUCUAAGGAGGCUCAGAGGGCAUCAGCGAUUCGAGCUGAGAUAUGUCCAUGGGAGGAUGGAGGUGAUAGUCAAGCUAGUCCAGCUGAUGGGUCAAAGCAGCCUAUAUCCAGUCUGUCUAAGGCUAAGCAGUCUCAUUCUGCAUUGGAAAGCUCCAAAACACAUCAGGCAGAGGUUUGUCCAUGGGACUUUGAAGAGCCCCAAAAGACGACAGAUUUAGCUCGAUCACCAGAUAUGACAAAACAGAAAAAGAGUACCUCUCCAGUAGACGGAAGAGGGAGAAGCGUCACAUCUGAUGCAGCCAAAGGGGGAGCAUCCCUCCAGCCACCCACUUCAAAAGCUGAGAUUUGUCCCUGGGACUACGACAGCACCGCAGUUUCACCUAGCCCUGUACAAGCUUCCAAACCUAAGGAAUCCCCUUCAAAAAAGAGAGGCACCCUAUCCACAAGGACAAUUGAAAAGGAGAAAUCAAAAGACGCUGAUGAGGAGAAAAGCAGAACAAAGGCUAAAGACAAGAAUAAAUCUUCAGAGAAACACAUGAGCCAACAGAAAAUGGUUGAGGUUUGCCCGUGGGAUGUGGAGAGUCCUCAGGAGGUGCCACUUGUAGAAAAGAGGAAAAGCGCUAAUGUUGGAGCAGCCAAAGCAAAGCAGGCUGAAGUUUGUCCAUGGGAUUUUGAGGAUACAUCAGAUAAAAAAGGUACAGACCAAAGUGCCCCUGCAGUAAAGCAGAGCAAUCCAAAUUCUAAAGGUGGAGCUGCAAGUUCUGCUAAAAGGGAAGACGUUUGCCCCUGGGACUUUGACGACAGCACAUCGAGCAAGAAGGCAUGACACUCAACUUUAAUGGACCACUGAAACUAUAGUUAUCAGUGUAUAUUUUUUUUUCACUUGGAAAUCGUUAAAUAUUACCUUUUAAUAUUUGUACGGUGACUUGGAAGCAAAGUCAAUCAAGUUUCACAAGUUGCCUUCCUUUCCGAGGUUUUGUUCCAGUUUUACAUAUUUUAGAAAUAAGUAAAAUGUACAAAAGACAGAUCAACGUCAACAUGAGCAUUCCAGAAUAUUACAGGAACACCCCGAACAUAAAUUGUAGACCAAUUAUGCAACCUUUGACUCAAUCUUUUUGUUCCAUGAGUGUCAGGCAUCUGCUUUAAUCAUCUCAGCCAUGCUUACGCUUUGUUUUCUCGUGCAUUAUUAGAACAGGAUAUGACUUCACAGUAGAGAUGUAGAGAAAAAUAUUGUGUAUGAAAAAAAGUAUUAAAUUAGGUUGAAAUGUAAAAAAGCAAAAGUUAAAGCCAAAGAAUAAGGGAAUACCUACAAGGAGGGGUGUCAUUCUUUAACAAAAUCUUUAACAGAGAUAACAGAGAAAAAAAACAUCAGGCUAUGGCACUUUAGCAAGCACCAUCAAUUACGAUGACAGAUUUUUUUCCCCCUUCAUUGACAGUUUGGCCUCUAAUUUUCAACCACAGACAGAAUAACACACAACAAAUAAACUCAAAAUAAUUUUUUUUUUUGCUUUUUUUAUUUAUCUCUAUUUAAUUGUAGUUCUCUACAGAUUCAAAUGCUUCCAAGUCUGCAGAGAUGUACUGUAUGUGCCUAACUAACAUUGUCUUGUUUCAGUAUGAAGGGAAGCUAGUGGCUUCUUCUUCAGCAUUUUGUGACAGUGAAUUACAUUAACAGCAUGCUCAGCCAGGUGCAGCGUAGCUGGACCCUACCUGUUCGUCAGUUGAUGCAUUGACAGAUCUAUGUUGUUAUUUUAGUUUCUGAAUACAUUUGUGCUCCUUCUUUUUUGAUCCUAAAAGCUAAAUGGUGGCAAAGAGGAUGUGGAGAUCAGAUUUAGCACAGAUGUGUCGCAAUGGCUCAUAUGUUCAUGUAUGCAAAAAUUAGAGAUGGAAAACUUUAAGAAAAGUUAUUAGCACCAAUUUAUUUAUGAAUCCAGCGUGGACCUUUGUGCUGCACCAAAAGUGUGUCUGUAGACACAAUAUCAUCAAUUUAAAGAAAAGAUGUAGUUUCAUACGGUCAAACCCUGCCUUCCAGUUUUCCCUCUCACUGCCUGAAUAAACGCGAAACAAGUCAACCUAAAAAGAAAUAAAACUACAAAUGUGCUUAAUAAAAACUUGGGUUUUGUUUUAAAGUUGUAGCCAUUAAACAUGGCAAACUCCAUAGACUACGAGCCCUAAUAGAAAAUGUGAAAUUUGUUUAAUAAGGCUAAUUUUAUGGUUAGAUUAUUAUAGUUCAACAUUACCAACAUUACAGUAAUCAUGCAACCCAUCCUUUUCCAGAUAUUAUCAGAAUAACUGUUUUUUAGAAGGUCAAAUUCUAAUUUAACAGUUGUUAAAGUCCAGCAGCAACACGGCAGUUUGGACACUGCCCCGAUGAACUGGGAAGAAAGACAAUGGGAUUGAGAAUCUAUUAAGUUUACAAAUUCAACAGGCUUGGAUGUAUAUCAAACCGACACCCUUGGGAUCAGUCUGCAAAUAAACUGGUCAGAUUAUUUUUAACAUGCAAGAUGAGAAGUUCAACAGAUUAAGCGCACAAGGUGAGUUGUAGCACUUUCAUUUUUUUUAUGAUAAACAGACUAGAUAGGACAAGUUUUGGAAAUUUACUGCAGGAGUCUUAUAAAUGGAAGGUUUUGAUAAAUGGCAAAGAAAUGCAUCUUUUAAAGCAAUACUACUGAACUUUGGUAGAUUCUCUCACUUUGGUGCCCCCUAAGAAAGCUUAAUUCGGCAUUCAUCUUGCAUCCUGUCUCUUCUCGGAGCUCUCUGCAGCCAGUAAAAAUCAGUCCCAUGUUGACUCUUGUCUUUUCUGUUGCUCUGUUACGUUCUCUCUUUUUUGCAUUGCUUCUUUCGAUAAUUUCCUCUUCCAUUUUGAUGCUGAAUUAGUCAUGGAGCAUGUUCACAGCUGCUAAUGUGUUGAUAUCCAGUUGCUAGUGUGUGACUCAGUGCCAUUAUUCGAAAUGCAACUGUCACAAAAAGUUGCAUUUCUCGAUGGGAUGCUGCACGGCAAUGAUGGCAGUAUGUAGUCAGUAUGCCAUCAAAACGAGUCAGAAGUGUAGAGUUUGAAGGUCAGAAAUGUAUGUAGCAAAGCUUAAAUCUUAACCACAAAGUUUUCUCCAACUGAGGGAAACUAAAUGGCUAACACCCUUGUUUGGAGAGCCUAUCAUUUACUGUGACUCACGUGUUUAUAUAAAACUAAUGAAAACCGUAAGUAACAUAAAUACCAACAUGAAACCCAUUUUUUUAUUAAGCAGAUCUGUUGUUUAAUAUUUGACCAAUAAAUAGUCUUAAAUGCUCUUUUGCAAUCACUUUACAAAUCUGUAUAAAAAGCCCUUUCUAGUCUGAUUCAGACUAGGUUGGAGUCAAUUACAUUAAUAAACAUAAUCAAAUCAGAAGUAGGAAUAGCGUUGUGGUUAUCAAUUAAAAAUAUGACUAAACCUUUUGAAGGUUUAAGUUGUUCCAUGUUUUGUAUCAAAAUGUCUAAAUAUUCAUCCUGAAAUUAGGGUAAAAAAAGAAGAGUUGCCCCGUUUAAAAAUAGUUAUUAAACACCUACUGUGACCAAUAUUUGCAGUAAGUAUAACAUCUGCAGCGCUUUAUGGUAUCUUGUGAGAAUUUCUGAAUGUCGUCAUUGAUUGUAAUUAUCUGUAAUUGCUUUUAAAUUACUAAAGAGAAAAUACUGGAGCUCAAAAUGUGAUUAAAACCAGCAUGAGAUUUGUUACUUCUUUGGUUAAACAGUUCCUCGAUUGCUGAAUUUUAUUUGGCAUGACUAAACAUAAUCGAGUGACUAAUAUUUAUAAAAUAAUAUUAAACUUACGCUCCAUAAACAUAAUGUUUUGAGAAAUUACAUCUCUGCAGCUGAUAUGUUAGACAUCAGAUGUUUGCUGGCACCUCUGCUUUAUGAGCUUCUUCAGGAUAGAGAAGAACUGUCACCGUCUACAGAUUGAUUGUAAUGCUUUGAUGGAUCAAUAUGAUAUUUAUGAAGUAGAUGUUAGGUGUCAUUUAUUAUCUGAAAGAUCCUCUCACACAGGGUUUCCUGACCUCUGUGGUGCAACAACAGCGACAUCUCAAAAAACCGCUUCUACUGAAAAACUGGUCUUUAGAGUCACUGCCGCAUCAGAUUUACUGCCCUGGGUGAUAAAUAACAUGCUGGCUCUUUGUUGUCUGUGCAAGAGGGUUAUAAAUAAGAAAAUAUGCUUGUUUCAUGGUGAUUAUUUUUAAAGACUUUAUGUGGAGUCCAGACAAGUUCUAUGAUUUAGGUCAAAUCCAAAGGAAAAAAAGGAACCGAAACAAGCAAUAUUUAAUGGUGUUUUAAAUGAAAAUAGAAGGUAUAUUAAUCUGUUUGUUGAUUUCAAACAUUUAAAAUGUUCAGAUUGAAAUAUUUAUAAUCUAGAAAAUUAAAGAAAUAAGUGCAAUACCCCAACAUUAAGCUAAAGAUUAUGUCACAUUCUUGAAUUACAGUGAAUCAUAUAAUUUUUUAAAUUAGCAUAUUUUCAGAUUGUGUGCUUUCUGUAUGAGUCCUCAGUUCAGUCAGUCCAUAGCUGUCUGUGUAUAAACUGUGUAAAACAUAACCGGUGUCUGUUACUGACAGUUUCUCUGGAGAUUAUCACUGUAAUUUAUCCUCAGUAUCAAUGAACCGGUGCAAGUUUAAACCCUAGUUUUGGGUGUGAAAAUCCAGACCAUUCUCCUUGUGCCAUCUUGACAUAGACAAUGCCAUGUCUUGUAGCUGUUUGUCCACCGAUCGGGUCUUUAACCAUGGUGCAUUUCUGUUGGCUAGCUGCUUUAAUUUAAACCUGACUUCUUAUUCUCGUGGCUGAACCAAGUCACACUAUGGCAAAUACAACUACUACUAAUGCUACUACUAUUCAAUGCUGUAACGUUGUUAAUCUUGCUCUUGUGGCUUCUGCAUGAAUUCAAGAAAUUAGUAGGACUGAUGUUUCACUGCCCUUGAUAGAACAAAAAAGAAAAAAAAGUGAUCUUUUAUGGACUGUUACAAGUUGUAUAGUGAGUGAUACUGUCCCUAACCCCCCGUAUUCUGUGCUUGUUAUGACUAUUGCUCUAUGACAAGCUUAUAGCAUCAAUAUAUGGGAAUAUUUGGUAGAUUUAUAUUGUGUUAUAUUGUGAUAGCAUGUACAUAAAAGAUACCUCCUCUGCAAUAAAUAUUUAUAUGAAAAU